UAACUUGACUUCGUAACAUCUCGGGGCGGCUCGGCUCGGCUCGGUUUGUUUUCCUCCCGCCCUCCAGCGGAGCGGAGCGACAUGAAAAGCGGAGCUGACGGUGCCGGACCGAGCGGAGACACCGAGCAGCGGAGCCGGGCUGUGGUGGACCUCUGCCGGCUGCAGCUGCUGACCGAGUCCCGCUGAACGGAGGCGGACCGAUCCGAGAUCUGCGGAGCACACCGAGUCCGAGACAUGUACCAGGUCCAGGGGAAAGGGGAAAGGGUCGUUGCCAUGGUGCUGAAGGAGCUUCCUGGUAAAAAGGCAUCCUCAGAAGGAAACCCCCUCCUCACCGUGACAACCAAGCUGGUCCGAGAGCAGCAGGAGAGUCGACCCCUGCUGAGCCCCUCCAUCGAUGAUUUCCUGUCAGAGAGCCGGAGCGACGCCCCCUCCACCCGACCCCUCACCUCCAACACUGCAGUCCUGUCCACAGCUCUGGACCUGGUGGACCUCAGCGACCCAGGGGAGGGCAGUGGGAGCAGUGACGGAGGAGGCGUGGCCGUCGUCAGUAACAAGGAGCAGAGGAGGAGUCCUCUGAGGAGGAAGGGCAGCUCCAAGAGCCCCCGCAAACGGACCAAGCCUGAUGAGACGGAGCUGAUCCAGGUGGAGGUGGAACACCUGCCGGCCAGCCCCAGAACACCUGAGAGGAUCUCCCUGGACUCAGUCAGUCUGUCGUCUCCUCUGGAUAAGUGGGACGACGUGAACCUGGACGUGGAGGACGGAGGGCGUAGGAGGUAUGAGAAGAGAUGCACCUCCCACCACUCGUCCAGUGAGCUGCUCUGGUCUGCAGAGUUUAAAACCGACCCUCUGAAUAAGAACUCCUUCGACAUCCACAGCUUCGACGACCUCGACUUCAUUUCCUCCUCACAGGACUGCGGGGCAUCCCGACAGCGCAGACGGACUCGCUCCCUGCUGGCCAGAAAGGAGUCUCUAGAGGAUGAGUUUGUCAGAGCCAAGGCUGCUGUAGAGUCGGAUACGGAGUUCUGGGAUAAGAUGCAGGCAGAGUGGGAGGAGCUUGCUCGGAGGAACUGGUUGGAUGAGUCAGAUGGUCAGCGGCCAGCCCCGCCCUCCGUCUCACCUGUGGAGAAGGGUUACUACUUCAACACCAACAACCCGUACAGAGACUGGCCCAACGCCUUUACCGAGGGCCAGGAGAAAGCCCGGGAGGGAGACCUGAACGCCGCCGUGCUGCUGCUGGAGGCCGCCAUCCUUCAGGACCCUCAGGACUCAGAGGCCUGGCAGGUUUUAGGAAUGACUCAGGCCGAGAACGAGAACGAGCAGGCCGCCAUCGUGUCGCUGCAGAGGUGUCUGGAGCUCCGCCCCAACAACCUUCCGGCUCUCAUGGCGCUCGCCGUCAGCUUCACCAACGUCGGCAUGCAGCGGGAGGCGUGUGACGCUCUGCAGCGCUGGAUCUGCCACAAUCCCCGCUACAAACACCUGGUCCACCACCGCAGGAGUCCGCUACAGGGUUCCCCGGCCACGCCACGCAGAGGCCCCCAAACCUCCACACCUGCCAGGUCGGGUCUACAGGACGUGCUGCAGCUGUUCCAGGAGGCGGCCAUGUUGAAUCUGGACUGUGUGGAUCCAGAUGUCCAGACCGGUCUUGGCGUUCUCUUUAAUCUUAGCUCAGACUUCAACAAGGCGGUGGAGGCGUUCACAGCGGCGCUCUCCGUCAGACCCCAGGAUUACUUGCUGUGGAACCGUCUCGGCGCCACGUUGGCGAACGGUGACCGCAGCGAGGAGGCGGUGGAGGCGUACACUCGCGCUCUGGAGCUGCAGCCUGGGUUCAUCCGGUCCAGGUACAACCUGGGGAUCAGCUGUAUCAACCUGGGAGCUCACAGGGAGGCGGUCAGUAACUUCCUGACAGCUCUGAACCAGCAGAGGCGGAGUCAGCGCUGCAGCCAGCAGCAGAUGUCCGCUAACAUCUGGGCCGCCCUGAGGAUUGCCAUCUCCAUGAUGGACCGACCCGAGCUGUUCCAGGCCGCCAGCGUGGGAGACCUGGACCUGCUGAUGAGGGUGUUUGACGUGGGCGACGUGUGACGGACGUGGUGAUGGGGUCAUCACGUCGCGGAGAUGUUUGGUUUAAAACCAAAGAGACACGAUGGCGGUGGGAACAUCCUACGCAGUUUAACAGCACAACCCUUUAGCUUCCUGUGAGCGGCAAUCGGAGACCUGAAGACUCAGCAGGUCCCUAACAAGUCCUUUACAAUUCCAGCAUACUCUCACUUUAAUCUUAAACUGCUGAAGAGUCAGGAACUGAGACACCACCGACUGACCACCAGAGGGCAGCAGAGCUCCUCUUUAUUCAGUUUAAAUAUUUAAGAAGAAGAAAAUCUAGAAGCAAUAGACCCUCACCAGGGUUUGAUCCUGUUUUAGUUCAGAGUUUAACCGUGUUCGUCUCCAUCUAUCAUCAACACAAACAUUUUAAACCAAAACUCUAAUAACUGAGCUUUUAUUCUGACAUUUAAUCUACUGUGACUUCAACUUCCUGCACGGAUGUUUCAAACUAAAAGCUGUCCAGAAACUCUCAGCCAUAACUCUUCUUUCCCAGCAGGCUUUUAUUGUGAAAUAUCUGCAGGAAGUUUCAGUAAAUACAUGAACAAAGAUUAAAGAGUUCAAACAAUCACUAACACCGAGGUCAGAGGUCAUGAGGGUCGGAUUAGCCAAUCAUAGAGAUGAUCAACACCCUUGAAGAAAGCAGUGAUGCUUCUCUUUCUUCUGUCGUGGUCGUCCUUCGAUGACAUAAAGGAGAUGAAGACUAGAAGAAAGGAAGAGAAGGAGGAGAGGAGGAAGAGGAGGAGAAGGAUGAAGACGAACAGAGAAGGAUGAGAAAGAGUUGAAACAGGACGUAUUCUGGAUUUCAGGAUGUAGUCAUGUUUAAAGCGUGACCUCUGACCUCUAAACGUCUCUUGAUGUUUAGUUACAACCAGCUCUGAAAACUCUUGAUUUUUGUUCUGUCUCGGCUCUUAUUUUGAAGGUCUGUGUGGUCACUUCCUGUCUGUCGUUGACUCUCAGGUGAAUCCUCAGAUUGAUGGACAAUAACUUAAAGCUGCAGCACUUUCUCUGCUUGAUGCACAAACGUAUUUAUAUGCUUCAAACAUUUAACCGUUAAAUAAUCGAUGUAUUCCUGUCAGACGUGCUCGUUUAGUUUGAAACGUUUGUUUAAGAACCAAUCAUCUUUCUCCCAUCAUAAUGUCUGCGUUCAUUAAAAAUCACUAAAAUUACCUCGGACAUGUCUAAAGCCAGAGACGGCUCUGUUCUAUAGUGAAGCAUGGAUUUUACAGGAAGCUGCUGUUCUGUUGCUGUACCUCAUCCAUGUUUUAUGCUGCUUACUGUGACCAUCAUCCUCUGACAUCACUGAGCACGCUCGCCAUGAUCAUUUUGACCUUUAGGAGUUUGUUUACAUGGAGGAGUGGCUCCCAUGAUCCUCCACUGCCCUCCGUAUCACCUGUUCUGAUUGACCCUGUGACAGCGGGGUCUGUACUGUUUCUGACGUUUGAAGGAAAUCUGACUGUGCUGCUUCUGUUGCUUCAAAUUCAUCUGAAUUCAACCCCACAGUAUUAACUUACUAGAUAGUAUACCAGCAUGUUUAGAAGCAUGUUCAUGACAACAGGAGGGAGAAAAGCUGUUAAAGAGGUGCCGCUAGCCUCUUAGCUCGUGGCUAAUGUGUCCUCAUUCAGUCUUAUCAGCAUGUAGAGAUACCAGACCACAUCACUUACCUGAACGACCAAUCAGAACGGGCCUCUGUGGUCGCAGAUGUGGAGAGAAGCCACUGCAAUAAACACUGUAGAGAUUUUAUGUCUUCAAAGAAGAUGCUAACACCAGUGGAGGCAUGAGUAAACCUUCUGUUUAUGUUUCUUUGUCUUGAUAAAUCAGCAUUUCUCCACAGAGCAAGGAGAAAUCUGACCUCCUGCGAUGUGAUUGGUUGAUCUUUGGACCAAUGAGUGUGAGUCUUCCCUCUGUUGCUCCUGAAAGUUGUGAUCAGACCAAAAGUGAUCCAAACGAGGGUGUAAAGAUGUAAAGAGGUCAGAGGUCAUGUUUGAGGGCGUUUUCAUGUUAGACACUGUCGUCUCCGUCUGAGUCAGUGGGCGGAGUUAGUUUAAAGGUUAAUACCCUUUGAUGACAUCAUUGUUCUGAUUCAAAGGAUGACAUCACCAAAGGCAGAGGACAGGAUGUUGGUGAAGCCGGGGAUGUCGGGGCCUUUUUCCUCCAUUUUUUCCCAGUAGUCAGUAGCAAGCUGCUCGCCAGUUGUCAACAGAGACGGUCAAUAAGAGGGAAAGACUGUCGGUGUGGAGAUCAGCGGCACUUUUUCAUCAGCUCUGGUUCUGGAAGUAAAAUCCUCCAUAGAGAUUUCUGAAAAUCCUUCUUACAGGGCCUUAAGGCAGGGGGGUCAAACUCAAGGCCUGGGGGCCAAAUCUGGCCUGUGGAACAGCUAAAUCUGGCCCCCAAAGAUGAUCUGAUAUUUCUGUUCUAACUGUCCCAUCAGUCUGAGGUCUGCAUAUUUCCUCUGAACUUAUCCUGAUGAUUUAAGAUUU